UUGACUACUCAGUGGGUAUGCGCCACAGUCUAUGACGUAAUCAUCAUCAUCAACAACAACGCUCCAGCAACGACCGCCGGGCCCUUACGCCGCCGACGUCAGGAGUGACCCCGUCUGGCGGCAGAAAAGCGCGGGAAACAUUCUGUUGAAGGCGAGGAACGAAAGGAUGUGGUUCUGGGAUCCACCACCGCGUGAAAGGAGAGCCAAAGGAGACUUCCGCAACAACGUGUUUCGUAAAGCGCGGAGUGGAGCCUAUGCCUACCGGAACAUCCAGGUUGGAUGGCUUCUUCGCAAGCCUGACUGGAAGAACAUCCAGCUGCAGCCGUUCGAGAAGAAGCUGUACAAGGAACACCCGGCCACGAGAAGCCGGUCGAUGGCCAAAGUGAACGCCUACAGAAACGUCAACGGUAUAUCGGUGAAAGGGAACAACGUGCCGAAGCCCAUCCUUUCUCUAGAAGAGUGCAACUUCCCGGACUCCAUCGUCGAGAGCAUCGAGACCCUACGCGACCACACCUCACCCACGCCCAUCGAGGCACACUGCUGGCCCAUCGCACUUACGUGCAGAACUUUCUAGGUAUCGCGAACAC